AUUCUAUACUUGCAGUGCUUUGCUAAUAAUGUUUUGCCUGAUCAUGAUGCUGGAGUCUUCAACCCCCCCAAAGACUAUGAUGGCUUUACCUGGAUUGACCACUCAAUUCAAUUUUUAUUCAGCGGGCUUCAAAGAUGGGAUGCUGUCUACUUUACAAACAUCAUGCUUUACGGCUACACCUAUGAAAAUUGCGUUGCAUUUUUUCCCUGUUAUCCUUUGUCUGUUUCAACUUUGGCAAGAAUAACAUCAACAAUAGGGAUCUUGCAUUUUAGCUCAUGGGUGCUACUUAUAGGGAUGACAUUAAACAUAGUUUUAUUCUUAAUGACUUCUUUGGUGUUGUUCAGACUUGGUAAAGCAGUUCUAGGCGAUGAGGACGUCGCAUUUUAUGGAAGCAUUUUGUUUUGCAUCAACCCAGCCAGUAUCUUUAUGUCAGCAUUAUAUUCAGAAACUAUGUUCAGUUUCUUUUUAUUUUAUGCUUUACUCAUCUUAAAUAGGAAAGCAACAUUUAUGGCAUCGAUUCUCAUUGGUUUUAGUGUAUUUACAAGGUCGAAUGGCAUUGUUGGUAUUGGUUUUAUCAUUCAUAAAAUAGUAAAAAUAUUUGUAAAAACAUUUUCUCAACAAAGGGAUUCCACAAAAAUGAACAGUUCAAAUGUGUUUCACAGUCUACUUUUAGUACUAAAAACUGUAUUUAAAAUAGUUAUUUAUUUGUUAACUAGUUUAAUUCCAUUUGGUCUCUAUCAAUAUUAUAUUUACCAAAAGUUUUGUUUACCAUCAUCAACAGCGUCUGACUUACCAAAUCAUAUAGUUACUUACGGUAGGUCUCAAGGCUACAAAAUUGUGGGUGACGAGCCAUCUUCAUGGUGUAAUCAAAGCAUAGCACUGUCCUACUCCUACAUACAGCACCAUCACUGGGGAGUUGGGUUCCUGGCUUACUAUGAACUCAAGCAGCUCCCUAAUUUUUUGUUGGCUUUCCCGGUCAUUUUACUGAGCUUUCGAUCAUGUUGGUACUAUUUCACGCAAAACAAAAAUAGUUUUUUUAGACUAGGACUUAAUGUGAAACAGAAAUUGAAAGAUGACAUUAUUAAUUCAGGGCCAGAGAUUUCCACUCAUGAUGUUAGAACUAAAAAGAGAACUGUUUCAAGAAAUGACCCAUUCAGAGAGGAGGCUGAAGACGACAGUCUUAAGACCAGGAUCAAAUGGAAUGGUUGUACUGGCAGUGACAAUCUUAGUGCACAUUCUAAACUUGUUGUUUAUGUUUUUCACCUGGCUGCUCUCACUGUGUUUGGAUGCCUAUUCAUGCACAUUCAGGUAAUUCACGUCAUUUAAGUAUUUCUUUCUGUUAAUUUUAUAUUGAAAAGGAAAAACAUAAUUUACUUUUGCUAUGUAUUCAGUUAAUUCUUAUCUUAGCAUCUGUCCAUCUAUGACAGACUUGCAGGAGUUUCAUCUCUGCUAACUAGGAAGCUUAGGUCACAUGUUUUAUUUAGAACCAACUUUUAUAAUGCAGCAGAUUAUAAGUGUUUUAAAUUUAAAACAUUUCCACAUGUUCCUCAGCAUUCUUACUAUAAAUACACUUUUUACUAAGCUAGAAAUGACAGAAAUAGGAUAUUUUGUUUACAAUGAUUGAAAAUGUUUCAUUUAUAUAAACCCUGGUAUUUCAAAAUGAAAUAGGUGUGAAGUACUCCAAUUUUAUGUAGUAACUUUUUAAAAGUAAAUAAGAUAAACAAACAUUAAAAUGAUAAAUGAAGGCAGAUUUAACUGUACUUUGCUAAUACACCACAGGUCACAGUGAUAAUUGAUCAGAAAUCAAACAUCUACUAAGCAAAGGGAAACCAUAGCUAAAUUACAAUUAUUUCCCCUUGCUGACACAUCUUUAUUCUUGGUACUAUUUAGCCUUUGGAAUUAAGACUUUGUUUACAUGGCUGGGCUGGGAAUGUGUGGAGAAAAUAACUUUUAUUUCUUUCCAAAGGUCUUAACUCGGCUCUUGUUCUCAUCAAGCCCGUUGCUUUACUGGUAUGUUGCAACUGUAUUCAUUCAAGGAUACAAACCUCCCACAACUCAAGCUGGAAAUAGACCCAAACAAGAUCUCUUGAUACCAUUUUUCAUACAGAAACUAUUAACAACUAUGAGGCUGAAUUUCAUCAACAAGGUGUUUUCAAACUGGCCUUACUUAAGUUUUGAGUUCCGUAUGUGCUUUAUUUAUUUUUUAACCUACUGUGUCAUAGGCACCUUGAUGUUUGCUAAUUUUCUGCCAUGGACAUAAUAUUUUGGCUUGCAUCAGAGGUCCCAAAUUUUGUGCAUUGACACUGAAGACUGCCAAGAAGUGUGUUAAAUACCGUAAUUAGUUACUUAGUAAUACACCAGUGUGCUGCAGUUAAUUUAUUGCAAAAUUGUAUUUUUGUCCCAGGACAUCAUUCUAUCAGUCCACCCACCAUUUACCGGACCCCAGGAGAAAUCAGAAAGCCACCUAUCAGAUUUAUAAACACGAUAACACAGAUAUUUUAAUCUUAAUAUUAUUAUUGUUAUAUUAAAAUUUCAUUAAAAUUCUCC